AUGAGCGGGCCGCCAGCACCAGACGCGUCUCCCUCGGACACAAGCGCGGAAGCCACUGUUCCCCCCGUGUCCCUGCUGUCUCUCCCGCCCGAAGUCCUCCUUGACAGCAUCCUCCCCAUCUUAUCUACCGACGAUAUCCUCAGCCUCUCGAGUACGAGCAAGGUCCUGCACUCGCUCUGCAAUGACCCGUCGGUAUGGCGCACCAAGACGCGGCAAGACUUCAGCUAUCGCGCCACGGCGCUCGCGACGGCCAACAACACGUCUGCGGACUGGUACAAACGCGUCUACCUGGGUCUCCGCCGGCCACGCACCUACCUCUGGGGAUCGACGGGCGAGUCCCGACUGGGGGGGGCCGAGAGUGUACGCGCCCACACGGGCAUGUCGGUCGCCAUCCGCCAGGCUGUCGACACACCCAUGGACGUGACGGACAUGUUUGACGCCAACUCGAACACGCGCGAGCGGACGUGGCGCGCAAACCUCCAGCAGGCGCCGGGCACGGCGAGGUAUCACGACGAUGCCGAGCCGCCGGCGCCCGUGGGCAUUGUGGAUCUCCAGGCUGGCGGAUGGAGCUUUGCCGCGCGCGACAUGCAAGGCGCGAUUUGGGUGUGGGGCAGGCUCAGCGGAGACGGCUACGGCUUCAACAUUCCCAACUGGGGUAACCCACACGCGACGGUUGACGAGCCCUCGCGCAUCCCUUUGCCGGCUCACGCUGAAUCGAUGGCUGUGGGCCGCAAGCACGUGCUUGUGCUCGACAGCGACAACCUCGUGUGGGAGAUGCAGGCCUGGGGCAAGGCAUACCACCACACGGCUCCCGAGCUCACUGCCCCUUCGUCCACGGGGGCUGCGGCGCCUGGUCGCGCGCAGCACAUUGUCCAGAUCGAGGCGGGCUGGAACGUCUCAGCGUGCCUCAUGUCGUCUGGCGAUGUGGUGGUCUGGGACCCGUUUUGCGCCGAGUACAAGGACUCUCUCACGAGCGACGACGACAUGCACGGCCCCCUUGGCGCUGACGGCGACGACCUCACUCGCAUUUUCUACUGGGGCACCGUCGGCGCUGACGUUGUGCACCGGCUCGAGAAGAUUCCCCUCCGGCCCGAGCCCGAGGAUGACGAGGACCAGACCGCCGAGCGCGCCUGGGAGAAGGCCGAGGGCGGCAUGACGGACAAGCAGCGCGAGGAUGCGCAGAAGGUUGUCAAGAUUGCGUGUGGCGAGAGGGAGGUGUUUGCCCUCAAGGGAAACGGCGAGGUGUGGGUCGCGUCUAUUAGCAUGCCGUGGCAAUUCCUUCGCCACUUUUCGUCCCCCUCAAUCACGCACAUUUCUGCCCAGUGGAUCAACGUGUUCACGUACUCUGCCGCCACGGACACGUCGUCUGUCCAGGUCCUCAUCGGCCGCAUCGACGCUUACGCUCCGGACACUGGCCGCACCGCCACACCCCGAGUGUUACCGGGCAUCAACGACCUCCCAAUCCUUCAGGUCGUGGCUGGAGACUGGCACUAUGCAGCUCUGACCACCACGGGCGAGAUGUACACCUGGGGCCAGAACACAUACGGCCAGUGCGGCACGGGCGGCGGACCGGAAGACGGCCGCAUCCUGCGCCAUGGCGGCCGCAACGUCGACAACCCCACACGCGUGACGUUCCCCAAAGACGGCGACAAGGACGCAUUCGUGUUUGGCAUCACGGCGGCGGGCAUGCACUCUGGCGCACUGGUGCUGGGCCACCCCCGGAGUGAGGAGGAGAAGGCGCGAGACAAGGCUGCGCGCAGUGCUGUCCCGCCUCCAGGCGCGCCGCCACCGUACACCGACCACGAUCGCGGACCGGUGCGCGGCGUCCCCGGGUUUAGGUUCCCUGGCAUCUUCCGUAUCGGUCUUGCCGGGGCAAGAGGGAUGCGUGGGAUGGGAAGCAGAGGCCGUGGAGGACCGCCUGGUCAGGAAGGGCCUGGAGAGCAGACGUGA